AUGUCGUUCGCUGGCAACCCCAGCAUGUUCGAAGCGCUGCGCGCUAUCGUGGUCGCCAGCGCCGCCGCACCAGACGACGAUCCCGCCGCCGACGCCGCCGUCAGUGCCGCCAUCCGCAAGCUGUACCCCGACAUCCCCGAGCCACCUCAGCGUAAUCCCAACGCUCCUCGCAGCCUUGAUGAGAUUCCCGAGCCUGUCUUUGUCCAUAUACAGCUCCCCGACGGUAGCUAUUUCGCCUUCAGCGAUUCCGAAGAGAAGAGUUCUGGCGGUGCUCAAGGCGAGCCCGAGGAUGGGGCUAAGGGUUCUAAGGCUGCUGAAAGUUCAGCGGCAUCGAUCGACGCUGAUGUUGCUGAGAACAAGUCGGCCGCGGUCGAGAGCCCCGAGAAGCUUAAGGACGACAGGGCUGAACUCGCCCGAAAGGAAGCCGCCAGACUCAAACACUGGAACGAGGAGAACGAGGCGUGGCAGUACACCCCGGGCCGGUUCUGGCCGCCAGGGUACGGGCCAUACGGGCGCGAGGAGACCGAACCUGCCGAAGGCGGCGGAGACGGCAGUGAAGCAUCCCGCCACGAUAGCAACUUGGCAGAGGGCGGGGCGAAGAAGACCGAGCAUGCCGCCGACGCCAGAGUCGCAACUCAGAAGUCGGAGAGACGUAGGAGGCGACCAAACCCUCAGUCGAACGGGGGUCGUGCAGCACCGGGGCCGCGAAACAGGAACGGCCGGCCGGACACAGAGGGAGUGACAGCUCGAAGCGGCCCAAUGCCCAUUCGACUAUCCGACUAG